GCUAAGAUAACCAGCCGUCUGCUGUCAUUAAUUUCUCACUAAUUGGAUUUUAUGGGAGUGACAAUAGCAGCAUGGUAAAUCCCCUCGCCUCCUCCUCGCGUCUCGGCCGCCCGCCCUCUCAUUGAAUAUUGUCCUUCGGCGCGAUCCGUCGGUCGAUUUGGAAAGCAGCGACGCCUGAAAGCGACGCUCGCAGCUGAUGUACCGCUGGCACAGAAAAUGGAGAGCGACACCGCUGUCAGGAGAAUUAAACACUUUGGGACACAUAAUUAUGUAGCGGUUAACGACGGUUCCCGCGGCCGGUGCGGGAAUAACAGCUACAACGGUGACCCGAAGAGGAAGCCCGAAGUGAAGCUGUACUUGCUGCGAGAAGGACUGGCAGCCUCCCUGGUCUCUGUGUUUAUUUUGGUGCUGUGGGGACUUGUUCAUUUCUCACUACAGCAGCUCGUCAUUGGGACACCGUCCGGCGAGUUCAGCGCAAUGAGAGCCAGACAGCACUUGGAGCAGAUCACCAGCGUCGGCCCACGGCCAGUGGGCAGCCCGGAGAACGAAGUCCUGACAGUGGAGUACUUGUUGGCAGAAAUUGAGAAAAUCCAGGUUGAGACGGCAGCGGGCCCCCAUCAGCUAAUGGUAGAUGUGCAGCGUCCCACCGGCUCUUUUUCCAUUGACUUUCUUGGAGGCUUCACAAGCUUCUACGACCGUGUCACUAACAUAGCUGUCAGGCUGGAGCCUAAGGGUGGGGCACAGCAUCUCAUGCUAGCCAACUGCCACUUUGACACAGUGGCCAACAGUCCAGGUGCCAGUGAUGAUGCAGUGAGCUGUGCAGUAAUGCUGGAAGUCCUCCAUUCUCUGGCCAACCAGUCUGAUUCUCUUAAUCAUGGAGUUAUUUUCCUCUUUAAUGGAGCAGAGGAAAAUGUUCUGCAGGCCAGUCACGGUUUCAUUACUCAGCAUCCGUGGGCCAAGCAGGUGCGAGCCUUCAUUAACUUGGAGGCUGCAGGUGUUGGGGGCAAGGAAGUUGUUUUCCAGACAGGUCCAGAGAACCCGUGGCUGGUCCAGGCCUACGUUAAUGCAGCCAAACACCCCUUUGCCUCUGUGGUCGGCCAGGAGGUCUUCCAAAGUGGUAUCAUCCCCUCGGACACUGACUUUCGCAUCUACAGGGACUUUGGUAACAUCCCAGGCAUUGAUUUGGCUUUCAUUGAAAAUGGUUUCAUCUACCAUACCAAGUACGACACUGCAGACAGGAUCCCGACAGACUCAAUACAGAGAGCCGGCGACAACAUCUUGGCAGUCCUGAGGUACCUGGCAAACUCAGAGAAGUUGGCUGAUUCCUCAGAGUACCGUCAUGGCAACAUGGUAUUUUUUGACCUAUUAGGAGUAAUUGUGGUGGCUUACCCAGCCCGUGUUGGAACCAUCCUCAACUACUUGGUAGCCACAGCCACCUUCAUUUAUCUGGCAAAGAAAGCCUCACUGCCAGGCAACAGAGGUGGUCGCUAUGUUCGAGAUCUGGCCUGUGCCACAGGUGUAACAGUCCUGAGCUGGAUCGUCACCCUGAUGUCAGUACUGAUUGUAGCUCUGCUAGUCACUCUGCUGGGCCGCUCCAUGUUUUGGUACAACCAUUUCUACGCCUCCAUCUGUCUGUAUGGGGCUGCUGCCACAGGCAAGAUGCUCCUCAUUCACACGCUGGCUAAGAACAUUUACUUUGGGGGUGUCCGUUUGGUGGAGUUGGGUGAUCUCUACUUUGACGUUAGCUUGUUGCUGUGGUGCUGCAGCCUGGUGUGGCUGACCCAGCUGGGCCUGUGUUCGGCCUACGUGCCCAUGCUGAUGGUGGCCUUCCCCCUGGCCACCAGACUGCUGCUGGCGAAAGAAUUUAAACAUAGAGGAGCGUCCCUGAAGUACACUGUGCUCUAUCUGUUUGGCCUGGCGUUGCCAUAUGUCCACUUCAUGUUCCUCAUCUGGGUGGUGUUUGAGAUUUUCACACCCAUCAUGGGUCGCAGCGGCACAGAAAUACCCCCUGAGCUGGUGCUGGCUUCCCUGGUCACCCUGGCAACAGUCUUCCUCUCCUCCUUUUUUCUGCAUUUCAUCUACUUGGCACGGAGCACUAAGUGGAUCCUGGCUGGUCUGGGCUCAGUCUUCAUUGUCACGUUCAUGUUGGUGUCCAGUGGGCUCCUCUUUCCUUAUUCAGGAAGUCCAGACAGCCCGCGGCCCAAACGAGUCUUCCUGCAGCAUACAACGCGGACCUUCUACAAUCUCCAGGGCCAAGUGGAGAGCCGGGACUCAGGUCUGUGGAUCAACAGUUUUGACUACACAGGUAUACAGCACAUCACCCCACACAUCCCUGAGAUCAACGACAGCGCUCGCGCCCACUGCCAUCAGGACCGACCCUUUUGUGGUUACCCCUGGUUCCUGCCAGUGAAGUUCCUCAGCAAGAAAAACUGGUACCUUCCUGCUCCAGAAGUGUCUCCCAGCUCUCCAGUGGAGUUCAGCCUGCAGUCCAAAGAAGACACCAGCUGGGGGACCAUCAAGAUGACCUUCAGCGUGAAAGGCCCCAGUCACAUGUCUUUGUAUCUGAUGCCUCACCGAGGAGCCACCCUCUCUACCUGGUCCUUCGGUGACGGGACGCCUCAGCUAGAUCUGAGUGGAGAAUAUUUUGUCUUCUAUUCCCAUGGCCUCGACGCUCCCACAUGGACCUUCUGGUUUGAAAUACAGCCUCCCAGGGACCCGGACCCAUCAGGCCCCGAGGGGAUGAUCUCUGUUGCCAUCUCCUCCCACUAUUUCUUUGGGCAAGACCAGAGGACUGCUCAACUGGAGGAAAUCCUCCGUAGGUUCCCCGCAUGGGCUUUUCCUUCGUCUUGGGUCAGUACCUAUGACAUGUACCGAUACUGAGGGCGCCACACAUCAGAGGCUGACACUGAGAAGAGCUGAGGACUGCAGGGGCCCGGAGACAGACAGAUGAUUUAAAACAACAAUACUGAGGACCAGCCCUGCUGCCUUUUCACUCUGACACAAACACACACACACCCUCCCAGCCUGCCUGAGAGAACCCCCAUCACUGUGUCAGUAGGCUUAGUAGCCUGCCAGAGGUAGGCUGAUCCGAAAGCUUACAGACUGACUAACUCACUGUCCAACGGCCAUCACAAACCUCAUGCUCACCCCGGGGAUAAUGAAACAAAGGGGUUAUGAUUUAUUUUGUACUCAAUUUGUUGUGCCUUUGCUUUACUCACACUCCUCCUCACUUUCCCCCUUGCUCACUCCCUCUCAUUCUAACAUGCUAACAGUCUUCCUGUAUGAAAAAUGUCACAUGGCUACCUCCCCUGCUCCCUCUUCAUCAGCAAACCACUCGGGCCAUUCUCAGAGUGGCCCGAGUGGUCCUCUGGCGUCCUCUGCGAAAAUCACACACCCGCAUUCUGCACUGUAGGUGUAGUAACAUACUGAUGGAUCUGUUUGGGAAGGGGAAAGAAGUUUUUUUUUUUUUGAUCCCACCGCCGACUUUAACUGGAAACGUUGACAUCUUCAAAGUCGCUUUUCACAAACACACACUACUACAUACUAUGAGAAAAUAGUUUUUGUAUUAGCUCAUCAGUUAACUGUGAAAUUUCUCACUAUCAUUCCUCAUUAACACCACUGAUUAAGCCGCAGGUUGUUCCCCUGUGUUUCAUUUAAGAAUGCCAAAAAUCUUCUUGAAUUGUCAGAGACGCUGGCAUGCAGAUGCAGAAAACUGUGCCUGUUAAAUUAAACAGAUGGCUAAAAUGUACAAUGUCAACAUGUCCUCUUUAAAGGAGUAGCCUUCAUGAAGGUUUUGCGCUGAGGGCAUAUUUUGAGGUCUGAGUUUUCCCUCUGAUGUGUAACUUUGGGGUUGUGUAAUUGUAACUGUAAUAGUAUUUGUACAUGUUUUCAAACUUCACUUCUGCUCUUGCUACGGGCGUUCUCCAGCAGCACCAAUGAAUAUCUUCUUGCGAUGAAAGAAAGUAGAGACACAGUGAUUCAUUUAUCAAUAAGUUGAUCAAAAGAAAAUAACCUGCAACUAUUUUAUUGUUCGAUUAAUUGUUUCAGUUUGUCGGACAAAAACAUCUUAAGACUUUUGAUUAUGGGAAGAAAAUUGAUCAAGAAAACAAUUGUCAGUUGCAGACCUAAAAGAAGGUAUCGAGUCAUGGACAGUAAAUGUACAUCUUGGCUGCAGACCAAGAUAAGUUAAUCAGACCUUGAUGCAUCUUCAGUCAAUUGAACCACUAAAAUCACAUCAAAACAAAAAAAACCAAAUAAUCUCUGCUGUAGACAGUAAUUCUUUAGUGAAGUGUGAAUGGAGCUUGUGAGUUAGCUGACCCUGCUAUUUGACUCCGUGUUUCAUCUGAGAAACAUAUGGCUAAUUAUAGACCCAGUGAGGAGUUGCACUGCGCUCAGCAUUUCAUUUCCAUUCUCUCCAAGUUGUGCUAAAAUGUGUCUUAGAAAUGUAUAAUUAUGCAUUGGUGCUGAUGCAACCAGCUUAAAGUGUUAACUAUAAGCUAUAACCACUCAUUUUUGUGAUGUGAUGCUAAUCUUAUAUUUCACCGAUGUGGAGCUGCAGCUUCUUUUGUCUUGAGCCUAAGUAUCACAAACUCAGUCCAGUUUAUAUGACAUGGCAUGUUACAGUUAGGGCCGGGUUUUACUUGAAAAGAAGUGGUUUGUACGAUGUGUCGUCCUCACACAUCAAAACAGCCAUCACAGAGAGGGGGAGGGGUGAUGUGGUUUAAAAUGGGGGAUAACAGGGCACAUCUUUAUACAGUCUCAUCUGGAGGACGUCCAUAGUGUUGCACUUUGUUGUUCCCAUGAGAAAUGAGUUGUGCCAAGAAUGGGGAAAAAAGAGAGCUGGAGAAAGAAGUUCAAUCCCUGUCCCCUUUCUGACCUCCACACAGCUGGCCAAUCACCACGUGAAGUGGGUGUGAAUGUCGGAUCGUCUGUUUCAGAGAGUUACAGAAAUUUGACCCGGGAGAGGGAGUUUCUGAAACUAUUCAACCGUCCGACAAGCACUUCUGACGGAGUAUACUGGCCCCUUCAGUAUCACCACUACCUCCACAGUGAUCACAACCGUGUCCGACAUCAAGAUAACAGCUGUUAAUGUUGUUGUAAAUGUUAAAGACUGGUUUGAAUGUUGUUGUUCGAAAGAUUUAAAUGAUUUGGUUAGAGAGAGAGAUUACUUUGAUGGGUUAUAAAGCAUCAUCAUGUUCACCUCUGUUUUCUGCUAGCAAAGUGGAUAUUUAUUGAUCUAUCCGAAGAGGUUUCCACAGCCUAUUGAAUCUCAUAGCUGUGUUAUCAGAAAAUCAGGACAACUGUCCUCUCCCUGCCUUCAGUACCACUCUGACUUGACUCCCCCUAUAUGUAAUCAUAAGUGGAAUCAGGUUGUCAGUUACUUGAGAUUGAUUUCUCUUGGAAGAUCAACUUAAGUAGAACCAUCUUUUGUCCACUUUGUGUUGCACCUGGUGACGUGUGGUAGUGAUCCAUAUUGUCUGUAUGUGAAUUGUUGUCUGUUGGAAAGUUUAAACCUAAAAACCAUCACAGCCUUCAACACUUCUUGGCAAGUUGAAAACAGAUUGUCCCACAAUGCUCAUUUGUUUGUGCAUAAUCUCACUACAAGGUCCACUCAGAAGCUAUUCUGGAGCUUUCGACUGUAUCUCAGGAUCAUGAUCAGCACGUGGAGUUGACUAGUUUGUCAUGGAAAUGUAGAUGUUCAAAAAGUUUCUGAUUUCUUGGCCAUGCCAGCUUAUAAAUUGAGAGUAAAAGUUGAAAGUUAAUUCUUUUUGCUGUUUCAAUCUUGUUUCUAAGCAUGAACAAAAACGAUCUGCUGAGGAAGAUGUUGUGAUAUAGAGCUGCUACUGAGUGGACCUUAGGGCGAUGUGUUUGGUUUUUUUCUUUAUCCAAAUGAUCUUCAUCAGCUGACAGGAGCAUAAAGACAUGUCUGGCCUCAGUGUCCCUUGAAUUUAAAUCAGACUGUAAGACGCAAAGAAGAAAUUCAUCUUAAAGGACCAAACAUGUGAUUUUGGUACAUUUUUGCCAUUUAAGACCGAUCAUACGUACUUCACAUAACUUCUGUAACAAACGGUGAAAGCAGCAUACUUGUUUGGAUUUGUUCAGGUUUGAUUUGCAUGUUGUGAUCGAGGGAAAAAAACAGAAAAAUAAAUUAGGAAAAAUAGUUGGCUAUAAUGUAAAUGUGCUAAAACAUGAGUAUGGUCCUUUUUAUCCAUAUUUAAUAAUUUCUUUCCCACACAGUCAUAAGUCAGCAAGAGCACCUUGCUCGCUGUCUGAGGUUUCAACUAAUUGUAUUUAGGUUUUGUAGUCCAUCAGUAGGGCAUGGAUAAGUAAUUAACCCUGUUGUUAAUGAAGCAGGCAAUUAUGUGUUUCUCUUUUUGGCUGACUCACAGCGUGUCAGGCUUUAAAGUUGCUCGUAUUAACCUCACCGUAACCUGGUCUGCACAGCACAGCAGUGCUUGGAAAUCUGAACCUUGAAUGUGUUUAUUUUUUCACAACAUGAACGUUUUUUCUUUACUGUGGACAGCAAAAAAGGAAUCGGGGCUUCUGAAUUGUCGUAUCUUUUGUUCUUUGAUUGAACAUCUAAUGAUGAGAAUCUGUUAUUGCAGCUGAAACAAGCAUGUAUUUGAAAAAGACCUCCAGCAAAAGAAACACACACACACUCUGUUGUGCACGUGCUGCUUUAAGUAACAGAAGAAGAUCUAAAUAAAAUUAUUCAGUUUAUAUGCAGUGUGUCUUUGGGAGAACAAGUUUUAUUAACAAAUGUAACUUACUAUUUUUCUAAAACUCUGCUUUGGUAUGUUUGACAAGCAUGGAAACAGAGGAGGUGGUGCUCCUACUGUUAGACUAAAGCGUACGUCGAGUGCUGCUAGAGAUCUUAACAGAGAGAGAAAACAAACUCCUUGUAGGAUAAAGUGAAUUUAAAUAGUCACUUGUCGGCAGAAUCUAAUGUAUUAAUAACUUAGUUUAGACUGAGUGGCUGACCAAGCGCUGCACAGUGUUUUUUUGUUGUUCAGAGUAAACUCAUACAUGGACGUAGCUUUAUCUUCGUCACAUGUAACCGUCACUCAUGCACACAAAUGUUAAUAUCAGCUUGGGAAAUUAACAGUUUAGCUGAAAUCUCUUCUGGGAUAUAUGUUGAAAUGUCUUAACGCCUGUUGUUGAUGAAUGUCCUUUUUUAUUUUUAUUUGUCAGUUUCGUUAUCAUUACCUGAACUGUGUUUUGACCAACACUAUCUAGGCCUAGUUGUUCAGUUUUUGUCCUGAAGGAUUUAUUUUUUUGAACAGGAUAGAUCAUUUGGUUCUUUUUCAUGAUUGAUUUAACACUUUUUUUCUGUCAAAAUGCUGUUUUUUGUUGUUUUUUUAAAUUACAUAUUUGUCUAUUGGAAUUAAGUGAUUGAUAGGACUGCUGCAGUUUGGACUGAUCUGGUUACAGGGUGUCCAUCUGUUGAAUGGACAGGAUGAUUUUACAUUAUACAAAAAGGUUGAAUCAAAUUAGGACUUACAGCAAUUAAAAUGUUCUUUACGUUAA